CCCUAAAGCUCGGAUGAAAUAGGUAAAUAGGAAAUGGAAUAAGAUCGUGAUACGGUAUAUGAAGGGUCCAGCCCCGUCCCUCCAACCCUCUAACCCUCCUAGACCCAGCGCAGACGAACCAAUCGUGCUCGCUACCCUCUCAUCUAGUCCCCAGCUAGCCCACGGGCUCCAUUCUCCUUCCAGCGUGGGUAGACCACCUUCCCUGAUUCUGCAACAAGGACAGGCGAGACAGGGUACUUUCGUACUAAAUCCGGAUUUUCGAGCUUUCUUUCAAGGCUGAAUGAAGAUUUUAGGUUAGGUUUAGACACCACCCACAACCGAGAGUGGUGAGUUUGGUAGGGUAGUUCAGUCCAAAAGCCAAUCAAUCUAGUCUUGACUUUUCUAAAAUAAAAAUAAAAAUAAAAAUAAAAUCCUGCAUCUUUCAAUCGCAUCAUCGUGCAUUAUUCUAUUCUCCUCCUUCACAAAUUCUAUUAAUUGGUAAAUAUAAUACGGUACAACGACAUCCAUCCCAUCGCACCGCACCGCACCGCAGCACACAGCAAGCUCCAAACACUGGUGAAGAGACAUCUCCACUACCUAUCAAUUCAAUCUAGGUACUGUGGGGAUAUCAUACAGUAACCAAACUCUGGGAUCCACAACCAUCUUUCCCCUUUAUCCUUUCCUUUCCUGUCAAGCCAGUUCAAGCUUUUUUCCUUUCUGGACGUCGACGUUAAUUGCAUAUAGCAUUUUCUUGCGACAGACGGAUCGAAUAAGUACGGACGAAAUAAUUGCCGAUAUUGCGAGAAUAAGCCUACCUGCAAGGCUGGUAGUGGACGAGACGAACGGACGAGAAAUACAUCGGAGUGCGCGUCCCUGUGAAGACAGACAGGUCUCGUCGCAUUCGCAGAAUCGAACUGAACCAUACUUUGGACGAGUAACUUCGCGCAUACACUACAGAAACACAGGCUGGCAGACAGGCAACGAGAAAGAGAAGGAGAGAUAUACAUUGGGAGGACGCAGAGCCAGAAGCAAGACAAAAAAUGGCGAAACUGAAUAUCUUCUCUGCGCAACACUUUAAAUUCGGCACCGAUCUAUGGGAUCCAAGUCAUCGAUUCGAGACUUCUUGGUUAUUACCACCAUGGGUACUCUUUGGGAUUCGCGCGGCAAUUUCCCUCUAUGCAUUUACAGUAACGUUCUUCAUUAUCGGCUGGGAACUCAGUGGUCAUGACGGCCUCUCCGCGCGCGACGUGAGGAAUUCAUUCUCCUUCUUCACCAUCCUCUGCUACUGGGGCAUCUGCUUCUACUUCCUCAUCUCCUCCAUCCACACCCUCUCCUACGCCCUCCACGGCGGAACCCCCCUCCUCAACCGGUUCCCGCGCCCCCUGCAAGCCCUACACUCCCUCUUCCACACCACCAUAACCACUUUCCCCCUCCUCGUCACCAUCGUCUACUGGGCCAUUCUCUUCUCCUCCCGCCCCUUCCCCACCACCUUCGCCCUGUGGUCCAACAUCAGCCAGCACGGGCUGAACUCCGCUUUCGCACUCUUCGAGAUCCUCUUCACGAGGAUCAAUCCCGCCCCGUGGAUCCAUCUGCUGUAUCUUAUUCUCUUGCUGGCGUGUUAUCUGGGCUUGGCGUAUGUGACGUACGCCACGAAGGGGUAUUAUGUGUAUAAUUUUCUGAACCCAGAGCCGGAGAGGCGUGUCGUUAAUGCGGAGGGGAAGGAGGAGAAUGUAGGAGGGGUGGGGAAGCCGGCUGUCGUGGGGUAUGUGUUUGGGAUUGCGGUGGCGAUUUGUGUGAUUUUCUGUGUGGUCAAGGGACUUACGACGUUGAGGAAGUGGCUUACGGAGACGAAGAUGGGGAGGAAGGGGAGGUUUUAUGCGGGGAGGGAUAUGGGCUAUGGGGAUGUGGAGUUGGAGACUCAGAGGGUGUGGGAGAAGUAGAGUGUGGUGGGAAUAGGAUUGGGAUGAGUAGCUGGUGUUUGUUUGUUUAGUUGUAUAAAUUAGGUAUUGGUUUUAUUCUGCGCGGGAGGCCAAUGAUACUAAUUACACUGAUUAACUCCUCAUCAUGGAAUAUGGAAAGCGAGGCCGGCAUUUCGUUCAUUGCAAGGGCGUAGCGUCGAGAACGGAAAGAGUUUCUCCCAGAUCCAGAUUAAAGC